CCAGAAAAAGAAAAACUUAGAUGCCGUGGCACCAUUGAAAUAACAAGAAGAAAAGCAUGGGCAUUUUGGGUAUCACGAAUCUAUAAAUACAAGAAAAGAUCACAGACACCAUUCUCUCUCUCUCUCACACUGCGUCGUGUCCUACGGAUUUCAUUUUAACAGUUGGAACCAAAUUAAACAAACAGAAAAAAGGAUUUGCAAGAUGGAGAGCAUGCAUAGCUUUUGGCAACUGGGUGAUGAGCUUCGAGGACAAUCAAAAGUUUCAGAGGAUCACAAGUGGAUAAUGGCUGCAUCAAAGUUGGCUGAGCAGACAAGAGUAAAGGGUGAACGCAUGAAUAACCUUGAUCUUUCUAAGGGUCUAGCGGAAAUUUGGCCAAGGGACAAACUUGGUUUUCAGGAAGAUAAUAAAUUUGAAAGCCUCAACUUUAAUAUGUCGAACUUGGAACCCAAGAUGACUGAAAAUGUGAGCAAAAUUUCUUUUAGGAAUGGCAUAUACAAUAUGAAUGCAGUUUACCAGAAGAACAACAUGAACAAUAUCAUUAAUCUGACCGGUAGCAAGUAUAUGGGCAACAAUCAAAGCAUCAAAGAGCCUAACAACAACAGCAAUAAUAGUAAUAACAACGUUGAGAACAACAAUGCAAACAGUGCAGUUGACAAAAGGUUCAAGACGCUGCCUGCAACGGAGACACUUCCACGGAAUGAGGUCCUUGGAGGAUAUAUCUUUGUUUGUAACAAUGACACUAUGCAGGAAGACUUAAAGCGCCAGCUAUUUGGUUUACCACCGAGAUACAGGGAUUCUGUCCGGGCAAUAACACCUGGUUUACCACUCUUUCUUUAUAACUAUACUACUCACCAGUUGCAUGGUAUAUUUGAGGCAUCAAGUUUUGGGGGUUCUAACAUUGAUCCAACUGCUUGGGAGGACAAGAAAUGUAAAGGGGAGUCAAGGUUUCCUGCUCAGGUCAGGAUCCGUGUCAGAAAGCUAUGCAAGGCAUUGGAAGAAGAUGCUUUUAGGCCAGUCUUGCAUCACUAUGAUGGCCCAAAGUUUCGGCUUGAACUAUCAAUUCCUGAGACCUUGGAUCUAUUAGACCUUUGUGAACAAGCAGGCUCUCCAGCUUAAGCAAAGUACUUGCUUAAUAUGCAAAUGUAGUAAGGCUUUGGGGUGCAUGUUAGCUACUGCCUGCUUUUCGCAGAUUUUCCGUAGAGCGUAAGCUUGGGGUUUAAGUCUGUUGGGCGAAUCUUGUUGGGGAAAGUGGGGAAUGGCAUACAAGCCAAAUAAGUACAUUUGUUUCCUAUGAAGGUACUUCUAAGCCUUCGCAUUAUGUUUUAUACUUCCAAGCUGUAAAAGAGAAUGAUAGCCUGUGUAAUGAACAAGUCCUCAGAAGAGGAGGGCUUUUGAUGUGUCUAUUUUGUGCAUGCAAACUGAUUGUAAGACUGUUGUGUGUUAUGAUGAGCAUCCACUUGGAGUUCUAUUCUAAGUACUUUUUGAA